AUGGCUUCUAGGUAGAUCAGACUUAAUAAUUUAACAUUUGUAAAGUAUUAUUUCUUAUAGAACCACUAUGUUUAAAUAAAAAUUAUCUAAUUAAUUUAUUCUUGACCGCUACAAUAAAACGUACUGUAGUUCAGAUUAUGCAGAAUAUUUAACACCAGUGCAAAACAAACCAAAAAUUUCAACAAGAAAAAUAUUAACAUGCAGAGACCACCACACAAUGAGUUUAAUAAAUAAUGACUUUAUAAUAAUCGAUUUACGAUUAUCUUAAUUUGAAUUUACCCCUCCAGCAAGCCAUUUAGCUAAUUGUUCAAUUUAGUUUUGUAUGCAUGCACAACCAGGGUCUUAGCUAGAGGGCCGUGUUGGCCGUGUUAUCGCGGCCAAAAAUGGGAAAACACGGCUAGAUAAAAUGAGCGCGGCUUCAUUAUUUAUAUAAGGCCGUGUAGGUUCAUAAAAUAUAAUGGUGCUACUUAGAACAGACAGAAUUUCUUUCUAUUUACGUCAUAAGAAAGUUUGUAAAAUCUAUUGUUGUUGCUGAAAUUGGCAAAAGUGAUCCGUAAUGUUUUGAUGGAUAAUGGGAACCGUAUGCAUGGUGUUAAAGUGGUUUUAAAUACCCCCAAGAGUUGCUGAAAUAACUUAAUAUUUUAAUGUCAGUGCGCAAUAUAUAUGAGCAUAUGCUCGCCUUGUAUUUGGUUGCAAAGCAUAGAACAACCACAGACAUUGUCCAUUGUUGUAGAACCGUGAAUUUGGCUAUUCAAGGUAAUUGACAUGUGCACACCCUAAUAAUUUAGAAACACGCCCAAGAUCUAAAAUCCUAGCUAAGACCCUGUGCACAACGUAAUCUUUGUCUUAGUCUUUGUCUAGUAAAGGACUUAUGUUCUGUUGGCCUUAUCAUCAAUCUUUAUAUAUAUAUAUAUAUAUAUAUAUAUAUAUAUAUAUAUAUAUAUAUAUAUAUAUAUAUAUAUAUAUAUAUAUAUAUAUAUAUAUAUAUAUAUAUAUAUAUAUAUAUAUAUAUAUAUAUAUAUAUAUAUAUAUAUAUAUGUACUAUUUAAAAAACGAGCAGGAAUGUUUUAUUAGGUUUAAAGCCACGAGCGCGCAGCGCGAGUGGCUUUAGACCUAAUAAAACACGACCUGCGAGUUUUUUAAAUGGCUUCAAAAACGUUUGCAUAAUAAGUCAAAUCUUUAUAUAAAAAUCUUUAUAUAAAAAUCUUUAUAUAAAAAUCUUUAUAUAGUCUGCAUAACAAUGGUCUUUUGUUAAAGUGUUCUUUAGCUGGUAUAAAGACGUAUGCACGUGACUAAUUUCUUACUCAAGAUUGGAUAAUUGCUUCAUGAAUUAUUAAUGAGUUUUUGAAAUAUACAGUUUCUUUAUGUAUAAAAUUCACUUAUACAGUGUGUAUAAAAAAAACCCUGAACCCUUUCAAAUUCAAAUUAGCUAUAUAAACGUAUUGUAGUAAUUUGACAGCUCUAAUCACAGGCGGCCCAGACGUGUAUUAGUGUAUAGUAAAUAUAUCAUUAUACGUACAUGGUGUACACCCUUUCAAAUUCAAAUUAGCUAUAACGUAUUGUAGUAAUUUGACAGCUCUAAUUGCCUUGAAUUAAUAGUUGGUACGAACACAAGAACUCUUAAAAACAUUUAAACUUUCUAAUUUUUAUUUCUUUGAGUUUUGUCCCAUGAGUACAAAACCUAGUGUUCUUAUCCAACCAUUAAUUUAAAGCAAUUAGAGCUGCCAAAUUACUACAAUACGUUAUAGCUAAUUUGAAUUUGAAAUGGUUCAGUUUUUUUUAUUCACACUGUAGAAUUGUACCACACAGUAAAAUUUGUAAUGAAUUUUAUAUUUUAAAAUAUAUUUACUUGCCUACUUUGAUUGUAUGUGAUCGUCUUUUAUUUCUGGGCGACCUUACACUCUGUGCCUGCGACUGUCAUCAUAGGUGAUAGGAAUGAAAGCAUUCCUAUCACCUAUGAUGAUAGUCAUAUCACCAAUGAUGAUAUCAUUUUUUCAUUCAUGAACCAUUGAUGAUUCAUAAUUUCAUUCCUAUCACCAAUGAUGACAGAGUGUAAAGUCGCCCAGAAAUAAAAGACGAUCACAUACAACCAAAGUAAGCAAGUAAAUAUGAUUUUAAAAUAUAAAAUUAAUUCAUUACAAAUUUUACUGUGUACUGUAUAGUAUAAUUCUUCAGUGAUAUAUUUACUAUAUAUACACUAAUACACGUCUGGGCCGCCUGUGAUUUUAUUAAUCUCGUACCCAGCAUCUUUCUUUUAUUUGAUUUGUGUUAUUUCUAAGGAAUUCACGCUCUGCUCUAAUUAUAUUUGAUUUGCCUUAUUUCUAAGAACCUCGUCCAAUAUACGAUGAUUGCGUCGAAGCUCAUCAGAAGGCUUGUCAAGCGUAAGUAUAUAUUACUUUUAUUCAAGGAUUAUAUUUUAUGAACAUUUUUAACACAGCCAAAAUAGCUCGGUAUAAAAAAGAAUAAAUUCAAAUUUAUAGCUACAUGUGAAACAGCGACCAGUGAAAGAAUGCGGAGCCCUGGAGCGCUGUUCCGGGCAAAAGCCCGGGGCAAGGGUACUAAUUCCACUCGGUUAUUUACACCCGGGGAAACGAAAGCAAUAGGGCGUGUUCAUCAAUAAUCGCGGGCGCGUGAAUAUGGUUCAUGGGUGUCAUGUGUGGACCUACUGAUUUCAAAGGGAUGACGAAUUUCAGGAGAGGAUUUUUGUAAGGACCGGUUUAGCGAGACACUGUAGAUUUGGAAUACAAAUAUUUGAUUAAAAAAAAACACAACUCUGACUUUGGUGCAUGUUUAAAGGAUAUGGCGAUGGAAAUUUAGUUUGUCUCAUUUGAAAGAAAAAUAUGCCUCUGAAAACAAUGAUUUGUCCGCCAUCUUUGGUAAAUUUUUUAUCUCGUUAUUGUGGUUUUACUACCAUUUCAGUGACGCCAAAACAGGGUUGACCGCGUAUGAAACUACUCUUAGGUGACCAAAUAAGAAUUUAUAUAUUUUUAAAAUAAUAACCAAGGCAUAAUUUUCGGCUAACAAUGACCAUAGUUGUCUCGGUAAAAUAUUUACUCGACCUUGCUGAUAUGAGACACAACAUGCAUAUCCACAACAAUCCAAGAUGGUGGAUAGCUUACUAAUUUAUCCUAAUUUCGGUCAAAAUAAUUCAAGAACUAAGAACUAAAAUAUCAGAAAAGCUGCAAGAAAUGUUCCUCAUCAUUUUAAAUACCUUGUCAAACAUGGGAACUAUUUUUUAUUGACAUUUUGCACGCAACCCUCGCCGGAAGAGGUAUUUCUUCCAGGACUGCAAAUCAAGCCGCCAGCCGGUCAUCGAACUUUGUCUCCUCAAAUACCACCUUUUGUCCGACCAUCGCGUUGAGCUACCCCUUUCCUCCCCUUUGUUUGGGGGCAUUUCCGAUAUUCCGGACAGAGAAUUUACUGAUGUACUAAGGCUAGCUGGUAUAUAUGUUUCUGAUGCAUUAUUGCAAUGCAGACCAAUAUGAUCAGCUUCAUGCAAUAAGUACAUCAUGUAAAUUUAAGAAAAAAUAAAAACUUUACUUUGUUUAUUGUCCGACAAAAACUGAUAAAGGUCCGACCACGUUUUGCCUUAGCCAGACAUUUGUCUUCCCAAGCCAAAUAAUUAUUUUUGCAUGCCUGCCCUUCUCGUUAAAAUUUAUCAUUAAAAGGUGGUUAAAAUUCUCCUUUGUUUAAAGCUUUCAUGUGUUAUGAGCAAAGGGAACGUUUUUGGCAGGGUCGUAGCGGCCAGGGGGAUGUGUGUGUGUGUGUGUGGGUGGGGGGGGGGGGUGCAAAUACCCCCCUCCCCCGACUCAAUAAUUGCUCAUGAGUAAUUUCAGGUAAAUUUCCAGCAGAUUUUCAGGAAAUUCUCAGGGCAUAAUAAGGAACUCUGUGCUCUGAAUCAGAAUUAGAGUUAACAGUCGGUCAACUAUAAAUUAAAGACGCGUCGUGGCCUGGGGGUACAUGGCCAAAUACCCUUUCUGGCGAUCUGGAGACUCCAAAUUUCAAACUCAUUUUCUCAAUUUUCCUAGUCACAUUAAGCUGUAAGUGACACCGUCACUUACAGCUUAAGAAAGACUGUAAAAAUGCCAUUAAUUUCCGACGGUCUAAAGAAUUUAAAUUUUCAAAAUAUUUUGUUCGGUGCCAACCAUGGUGGCGCCUCGCGGACAUCGUAAAUUCAGGUGAAAACCGUUAAGUUGGAAAAAUUCAGGUAAAUGUAACCUCACUCCUCCCCCCGGUUUUUGGAAAUACUGGAUAAGGUAGAAGAACGCUUAUUCUUGGCUUUGUUCGUUUUUAUAGCGGCACUGAUGGAAGUUAUUUAAUCAAAUCAAGAACCACCGUUGGUUUUGCAGAAACAGAAUGCCAUAGUGCUAGCGUGGAAUCUAUUCCAUCAGGAUGUACAGGAAGUGGAUGGACGCUCAUCGGGAUAGUGAAUGGCAACAAUUCCAACGUAAGCAAAUAUAGCCGUACUUAAAUUAGAAGACGCCUUGGGCGGUUAGAGGCAUCAAAGUGAAUGAACCCAAUGAUUUUUGUAUGGGCACUAUUUGCGUCAUUCUGCCGGAAAGAUGUCAUUAAAUAAAUGUAGGCUAUAUUAGUUUCUUUGUUUUUUGCUGCUAAAAUUCACCUAAGGGACCGGUCAUAAAGUAACUGCUAGGGUGGGCUGGAGUGAUUUGGGAUGGGCCAUGGAAAAUCGUUGGGCGGUUUCGAUGGGCCGCCAAUUUUUUGGUAUGUCCACGGUUGGGCCACCAAACAAAAACCCAUGUUAAUUAUAUAUUACAUAAAAAUAUUAAUAAUAAAAGUAAACAAAACUAUCCAAAUUAUCAAAUGCAAAUGAUGCUAUUGAAGCCAGUAUUUUGUUUUAUACAACAAGAAGAAGUGGUUGAAUCACAGCAAAUACAAGCAACUGGAGAGCAGCUCAGUAUCGUAAUUGGUGAUGAAUGUGUUGGUCAAGCUUGGUGGAAUUAUGUAUGUCAAUACAGUGCCGGUGUAUAUUUACAAUAUUCAUACCUGCAAGUUUUUUUUAUUAUAUUAUAAAAUUGUAUUCUCCCAAUUUAGAUUUGGGUGGGUGGGUCAUGAAAUAAAUUUGGCAAGAUUAGAUGGGCUUUGAAAUUUUUAUCUACAUCCUAAGAUGGGUCACCAAACUUAUUGGCAAAAUUUGUGAUUUACCUCCAGCCCACCCUAGCAAUUACUUUAUGACCAGUCCCUAAUACAUGGUAUCAUAUCGAGCGACUGUGACAGCAAAGAGUUCAACAAAGUGAGGUCUUUUACAAUGAAGAUAUAAGUUAUAUUUCUUCGAAGAAAGACCCGAAUAUCACAAAUAUACCAAAAAUCAUAUUUGGGCUUAAUGGCAUAACGACUUUGAGACCACAAAAUAUAAAACAUUUUGAUUUUACCAUCAUUUACAGCGUUUCUUUUCCGUCCAAGUUUAGUCGUCCUCGUAUUUAUAUUUUACACUUGACGAAUAAUACGUUUUAGGCGCUCUGUUAGGUCCGUCGUUUGGUCGUGUUUUAAAGCCAUGUUGCGCGAGACAAUUGUUGCUACAAUGUGUAACGCAAUUUCUGAAGAAGCAGUUAAACAAAAAUACCCAGCAUUUGGCCGAUGAUUUGCACCAUAUUGCUUUCAUUCGUGUGUUAGCGUUCGCGCGGUUUCGGCGCCUUCCCUGACAUUAGUUUAUAGUUUUAUUUUUUCUUUCAGUCUUUGUUGUUGAAUAUAUUAUAUCGCGAACUAAAAACAUCUAUGUCUGUAUAUCAUUCUUCAUUUAUUUGCCUCCUUAAUAUGGUUGAAUUUAGCCCACAUUCAUAAUAUGGUUGAAUUUAGCCCACAUUCCAAAAGUAGUCUACCAAGUUUGUACACCAACGUGGCGAUCAAAAAUGAAAUGUUUAUAUAAGGACAAGGUCAUUGGGUUUUUAUGGUAGGAUUCGGCCUGAAUGAAAUGCUAUAACUUUUCACUGUCUUAGGAUAAUACAAGCCACGACUCUGCAAUUUGGACUGCAAAAGGAGAUGACCAGACCAACUCCAAUUCACAGUUCUGGAGUGCUAACGUUACAGAAGUAUGCUUGACCUCGGAUGCUUUUAGUAUUCAAUUUCCCGUCCAGGCUCCAUCACUUCGCAGUUUAUUUUUUCAAAAGAACACGUUAAAUAUAUCCAAAGACCUGUGGAUUAAUGCUUUGGAAGAUAAUAUCACAGAUCCAGCCUUCGAGGAAAAUUCUUAUGAAAUUGGUUUCAACGUUGGCGAUUCGAAUCAUGUUCAGGCUCGUAUAGGAAUUGUCAGCAUAGGUAGGAGAGAGCUAUCUAAUAUAAACUGGUGGGACUUUCUCUGAGCAUGCGCGAAAGCUGAGUAACCACGCUCUCAUUCAAGGAGGCGUGCAAUAUGCAUGCAAAACAAAUUUAUAGCUGUUGCGCUGCAACCCCAAACCACCACAAAAAUUGUUAGAAAACAAAGCAAAAUUAAGAGGGUCCACCCAUCGGUUUUGGGAAGGAAAAAUAAAUUCGGCUGAUAUUUUGCAUAUGAACUAGACUUUAGUCAAUACUAAUCAGGCUUCUUCCAGAACGUUUCAACUUUUUGUUUUAUUGGAGUUAUUGCCCAUAUUGAAAUUUGGCUUUGCGGGAGUAUUUUUAGACCAAAAACAAAGGAAAAUUUUAUAAAAAUUCAUCUGAUUUUUUUAAAAAGUACGAUGCCCUGUCUUUAAAUUCCCAGUUACUUUUCUCAUGCAAGAUAAACACUAAUACUCUUAUAAUUCCGGGAACCACUCAUUAUUUUAAGAAAAUACAAAAUAACAGUAACUCCGAAUAACAUUUUGAUUUUUAAUCGACGUUUCGACUAGUUUGUAGUCAUCCUCAGGAUUGAUUAAUUAUUAAUACUCUUGUUUCCAUGGAGACUGAAUAACUUUAUUUGCUUGAUACGAAUUUUUGGGAGAUUUCACCGACGAAACCAUGUUUUCAAUAUGGGGACGACUCAUAUUUUACUUAAAAUAUAAUAUAUCAAAAGUAGCCCAACCUAUCUGAAGUUCAAAAGGCACGUAACUUUAAAGUACAUCUACGAAAGUUAAGAAAUCAGAAAUAAAACUCGUCUGCACGAAAUGCUUUGAAAAGUCAUUGAAUCUCGUAAUUUGAUCUACUUUCAGUUUGCUUACAUUCGCGUGGUCAGCGAGACAAAUAAUACGAGCUGGUAUAUACUUCGUGUGACCCAUCAUAAUGCAUCAAGGCUGAUCCCUGACCCCCACCCCAACCCCACCUCUAACCUCUAACCCCGCGUGGUUGGAGAUAGGGUAGGGUUUACGAUUACCAUUUGGGUAAGGUUUAGGAUUGGGGGGGGGGCUAGGUUAAGGCUUUUGUAUGAUAUGAAACCUUUAUUUUGAUAUGGUAAUCCCAUCAGGGACAGGAAUCACUGUUAUCAACGGGAGCCCUAAAAUGUCAAGUUACAUAUUUGCAAAUUUGAAAAUUUAGACGACAAGUUACUUAGACGACAAGUUACAUACUUGCCAAUUACAUAUUUACAAAUUUAAAAAUUUAGCUAAAAAUCGUAAAACGGAUAGUAAUAAUGUACAUAUAUAAAAAUAGUGAAUACAGUAGUUGAAUAUCUAACAAACUAAGUUCAUUAUAAAGAACACAACCAUUAUAAUAAAAUGAGCGUUUUGAAUAGUUUCUGUUCUUACUCUUGGCAAGUGUAAGAGGGAACUCUGUCCUUUUAAUCGUGGGACAAUAUCCUUAUUACAAGUAAAGUAAAUUUGUAAAAAUUGCGGACAUUGACCUUACAUUGACCUUACAUUGACAGCUCCUUACAAAAUUGAAGACGUGACGUUUACGUCUAUCUUCUACGUUACUCCAUUUUAAGUUUGUAAGGGCAAUGUCACUACCAUUUUUUUACUAUCCUCGUCGCACACCUUUGUAAUUUCUUUAAAUUUUCUGACUUCCUUUUCCACAGCACGUCCAAACAGCACCGCAGAAGUCAAUGAUACUGAACGAGGUAAGGCUUGGUUGGUUUUCAGGGCCUUUUUUAAGGAUUUUCCCCUGGGGAGGGGGCAUUUUUUGAAAAAGGACCUUUCUGUAAGAUAAUAUAUUAGAGGGGGGAUAGCAAUGGCCGCAGGCCACGUGUGUGGCCAACAUCCCUCGCAUAAAUAGGGGGUCUGGGGGUAUACUCCCCCAGAAAAUAUUUGAAAUUUGAAGCCCAGAAAUGCAAUUUCCUGCAUUCUAAGCAUCCAAAUUUGCUCUAAAAUUUAUGCUAACUAUACUCGUAUUUGAAAUCAAAGAAGGAAAAAACGCGAAAAGAAUAAAAAAUUAUUCACAAUAAUUUAUCAUUACUUAGUGAGUAGAAAAACGUAACAAAUCGAUUUUGUUAAACAAGGAUUAAGGAUAAAGCCUAAAACUUACUUUCCGUUUAUCUAUUUGUUAUUCAGCCUAAAACUUACUUUCCGUGUAUCUAUUUGUUAUUCUUCGCUGGUUUGUUUGUAUAAAUUUAGGAAAAAGGGACUUUUUCGGGGGGGGAAUUGUGAUUUCGUGGGCGGGGCACAAGGGGGGACUGGGGGGAUUUGCAUUUGGAAUUGGCUGCAUUCUCAGUACCCCUUAUUUACUCAUUCUGUUGCGUUUUUAGGUGUUGUUAACUGCUAUACACUAUAUAAUCAUUAAAUUUUUUAAAAUUAUAGGCGUACGACUUGUUGACGGCGAACGUGACAAUGAAGGAAGAGUGGAGGUUUACUAUAACGGUACAUGGGGAACAGUUUGUGAUGACGCUUGGGAUUUAAACGACGCUCAUGUUGUCUGCAGACAGCUUGGCUUUCAAAAUGCUCAGGCUGCUUUCGACGAAGCUGAAUUUGGUGAGGGGACUGGAUCGAUUUUGUUUGAUGAAGUUGCUUGUGGAGGUUGUGAGUUAUCGCUAUUUUCAUGCGGCCAUCGAGGAGUGGGAACUAACAACUGUGGUCACGGCGAAGACGCAGGG